AUGGAGGAGGAAAUUCUGGACUUAUUCUCACGAGAUGAGAAUCUUGAACAACAAAAACAAACUAUAUCAUCGCAAAACAAACCAAAAAAAAUUAAAACAAGAGAUGAAAAAAUAUCAGGUGAUCAGCAAACUGAUAAAGAGCAAACUGAGAACUUAGUCUCAAUGAUGCGCAGUUACGAUGCUAAAUUGUACGGCGAGGAUGAUACUUCUCAGCCCACGUCACGAGCUGCACCUGUUAUUCCGGUCGACGCAAUGCGCAAAAAAAAGAAAAGGAAAAGAUCACAAAUAACAAUUUGUCUUGCAAAUUGCCGAUAUGAAUCAAUAAGAAAGGUCGCCAGUGCGUUCGGUAUGAGGGAGGUUUCCGAAGAAGACGCUUGGAAUUUCUAUUGGACUGAUAUGAGUGUGUCUGUCGAAAGGGCGAAGGAAAUGAAAAGGUUUCAGCGCAUAAAUCAUUAUCCGGGAAUGCUUGAGAUCUGCAGAAAAGAUCUUCUAGCUCGCAAUUUGAACAGGAUGCAGAAAAUUUAUCCGAAGGAUUAUAAUUUCUUUCCCAAAACUUGGUGUCUUCCUGCAGACUUCGGGGAAGCUCUGAAUUACAGCAAAACGCGUAAAAAUAAAACUUUUAUAAUAAAACCGGAGUGCGGGAGUCAAGGACGUGGUAUUUAUUUAACAAAAUCUUUGAAAGACAUCAAACCUUCCGACAAACUUAUUUGUCAGGUAUAUCUAUCAAAACCAUUUCUGGUCGAUGGUUACAAGUUUGACAUACGAGUAUACACUCUCAUUACGUCGUGUGACCCAUUAAGAAUAUUUGUCUACAACGAAGGACUAGUCAGAUUCGCAACGAGCAGAUACGCCGAUCCGAACGCCAAUAAUACUACUAAUGUAUUCAUGCACCUAACAAACUACGCCCUGAACAAACACAGCAGAACCUACGUGUAUGACUCUGAAGCGGGCAGCAAACGCAAGAUCUCAACAUUGAACAAGAUCCUGUUAUCUCAAGGCGUUGAUCUCGAUAAGCUGUGGCAUUCGAUAGACGAGGUCAUCGUGAAGACGAUAAUUUCCGCGUGGCCUAUCUUGAAGCACAGUUACCACGCAUGUUUCCCCUCGCACGAUAUGGUGCACGCUUGUUUUGAAAUAUUAGGUUUUGAUAUUCUUCUGGAUCACAAACUUCAUCCGUAUAUCUUGGAAGUAAACCAUUCGCCUAGUUUUCAUACUGAUACGCAAUUAGACCGAGAAGUGAAGGAAAAUCUACUCACGGACACAUUCACUAUGCUCAAUAUUUGGCAGUGCGACAAGAAACGCGUUCUCGAAGAGGAUCGAAAACGUAUAAGGGAUCGAUUGUUGCAAACGAAUAAAUAUGCGGAAACCACAACGAUCGAUGAAAAAGAUCGGGAAAAAACUCCUUGGCAAACUCAGAUCCAGUGGGAAGAAUCGCACCUCGGCAAUUUUAGACGAGUUUAUCCAGUGGGAGAGCAAUACGCCUCGCUGUUCCAACAGCCGUCUGGUUCUUUGUACACCGGCACGGCGUCGUCGCGAGCUCGCGGUGACUGUACGCGGAUACAGCGAGAGGAAUUCCAACAAUCGAAAGCUAAAGCGGAGGCCCUGAAAAAACCGUCUCAACCGAAGCCCAAGGAAUCGGAAAGUAAAGCUGGCGAUGAAUCUAGUAUCACGGCGUCAACUUCGGUUGCGACACCCAGUACUGAAAAAUCAAAAGUUAAAACAAAAGAAAAGGAUAAGAGGAAAGAGAUAGGGAAAGACAGUGAAGAAGACAAAAUUAUGGCAACGAGAAUACAGUCCAAACAGCCGAUACCAGAAGAGUCCAAGCCUCAAUAUGUCCUCUGUUCCUUUGAACCAGAUCCAAUAGUUGAAAAAGAUGAACGCGAACGAGUAAACUUACUGGCACAACGUGAUUUUCUUAUUAGAAGCUAUGGAAUGUUGGAACAAAUCUAUUUGAUGAUGAAGAAAAUUGGCACUUUAAGACCGGAAGACGAAAGGAAAUAUGGUGUCUAUGGGCGACUGUCUCUUAUUUCUGCCUCACCAAAGACCGACACGAAGAACGCCAAGACGCAAAAGUUAAAGAGGGCUUGCAAUAGAAAUAAAUCAGAUAAAGAUUUGGAGUUCCACCACCCAAACGGGAAUCGUUGUAUACCUAACACUGAAUACUUUGAUACGAUCACCAGAACCCAGCUGUGCGCGCAACUAACGUUAUUAAUUAGGAAAUGACUGUUUAAAUUGAUAAAUAUUGAAUUUACUUACUUUCCUAAAAUACGCAUUAAAUUUGAAAUUACCUUUUUUUAUU